AUGGAGCACCUCUUCCCGUACCCGAAGAUGGGGACGUCGUUCCUCGAAGUCCUCCACGACACGCUGACCCGCAAGUUACUCGGCUUUGAUGCCACCCACGCAGAACCCACGCCCUUCAUCAGCGGCGUCACCUCGAGGCUGAAGUUCGUGCUCAGCGACGCGACGCAGCAGCUCUCGAUCCUGAAGAUCGGAUAUACGGCGCUCGAGGCGUUUCUGCAAGCCAACUGCACGGGACCGCCUCUCGACUUCGACCCGGAAGAAGUCAUCUUUCCGGAGACGUACCGCCGAGGGGAGGGCGUGGCAGUGCUCAGGGAGGGGUUGUUCCAGCACCUUUCCGUGGACGGCUGUCGCCCAUACGCCCUGACGCCGCAUAUUGAGCUGUUCUGGCUCGCCAAGGUCAUCAUGUCGACGACCACGCUGGCCGAGGCGGGUUUCAACGGGCGGAGAGCGCGCAUGCGGGUCAACUUCUGGCACCAGAAAUUACUGUCGGAGGAGUCCCCCAGUCUCCGAGACGUCAUCUACUCGGACGCGGGCGUCCUGGAACAGCAGCUCUCUGCGCGGCUGGCCUUUGGCGGGUCCGCCGCCGAGGAACAUUACGUCGAGUUCAUGGUCGAGCGCGCCGUCAUCCAGACGUAUUAUGGAGAUGAUGCGCUGGCCAGGACAGACCUCGCCAGGGCGGCGUCGACUCGCGAUUUUCACUUCGUUCUGACUGGUGCGUUGGGCAAGAGGACGAAGUUCCAGGAGAACGAUACCAGUCAGCUCGUCGUGCUGGCGAAGAGUAGAGACCAUGAACCGGAGCCGUACAGCAGUCGAAAGAACAGUAAGGCCGAGAGUCACGGACUCGCGGACGCUGAAACAGCAUCGUCCUCAUUAUCUCUACCUCUACCCCAACGAACAAUGACACCGAUAUCGAUAUCGACAUCGACUUCGACAAAAAACCAGCAGGAACCUACAUCUCCACAGGGCAACCGGCCCAUUCAACCCGAAAAUGUCCUACUCAACGACGAUACGCUUCUCGAGCGCAUCCACUUCAAGACGACCGCCGAGCCGUCAGCAUCCUCGCCGCUCUCUCCGUCCGUGUCUGUAGACACCAUGACGCACGUCGCUUCCUCCCAGUCGUCCUUGCCACCAGAGCUCGCGGCGCUCGACCCGGCAGAUCAACCGCUCCUCUUCCCCAUGGACAGCGCCAUCCUCCUCGCCACGGCCAGCAGCAUCACCAACACCUCGCCGGAAGACGGUCUGGUGCGCGAAGAAACACUCCCCUACGCCACGAGGGUCCUGGACGGCGGCUCGUCCAAUUGGCAGGUCUAUACGCAGGCUUUGCUCGUUCGCAGCCGCAUAGAAGGCUAUCGCGCCAGAACGGCGGAGCGGGGCCUUCUACAGCUGCAAGCGCUGGUCGACCAAGUCAUUGCCGAGACGUCGCAGAGCGUUCCGCCCUCGAAAGCAGAGUCAAGCGAGUCAAACGAGUCAAACGAUACAACGUCCACCACUGCGAGCACAGGAACCAGUACAUUCCUACCGAAGCCCAAACCCUCGGAGUCUGCCUCCGUGGCUGAACGCCUCAAGUACAUCUACCAGCUCUCGCCGCCCCUCCGGUGGGAGCUCGAGGCGGAACUCGCCCAACGCUGGACGUCGAUGGGCGGUCUCAAAACCGCGCUGGAGAUCUACACGCGCCUGCAAAUGCACGCCGAAGUGGCAUUGUGUCUCGCGGCCACGGACCAAGAAGCCAAGGCCGUGGAACUGCUCAAGAAUCUUCUCUUCACCGACGACAACAGCAAUAGCAGCACCACCACCACCACCGCUGCACAAGAAACGGUCGCGCCAGGUAAAGAGAAGCUCAGAUCACCACCACCAGCAGAUGCGCCACGCCUGCUCUGUAUCUUAGGCGACAUCGUCUCCCAGCCAGACUACUACGCCCUUUCAUGGACGGUUUCGUCGUCCCGGUACGCCCGCGCCCAACGCUCUCUGGGCCGGUACUUCCUGACGAAGCAACGCGACUACCAGCGCGCAGCCGAGGCGUAUCGUCUCGCCCUGAGAAUCUCUCGCCUCGACCGAGCGAGUUGGUUCUCUCUGGGCUGCAUCCAGCUUGAACUGGAGGAGUGGACAUCCGCGGUGGAAUCCUUCACCCGCUGCGUACAGUUGGAGGAUCAGGAUGCAGAGAGUUGGUCCAACCUCGCCGUCGCACUGCUUAGCCUCCCGAAGCCGGUGGCGGAGGAGAAAGUGGCAUUCGCUCCGCCGACAGAGAAGGAUAAGAACCAGGACCAGGACCAAAAUCAGACCGACCGCGCCCUGUCGCCCGAGAGAAAAGUAGACCCCUACCGCCACGUCCGCGACGCCCUCCGCGCCCUGCGCCGCGCCGCGACGCUCAAGCGCGACGACCCCCGCAUCUGGGACAAUUACCUUACCGUCGCGGCAAGCAUCCCACCCAGCGCGGGAACACCGUGGGCGGAAAUCAUCCAGGCGAUGAGCCGGGUGAUUGAACUGCGCGGCAAAAAGGAAGGAGAAAGCUGUAUCGACCUGGGGAUUCUGAAGGUUCUGACCGAGUAUGUGAUUGAGAAUUGGAAGUAUCCGUCACCGGACGGGGAUGGGGACGGGGAGGAGGCAGAGAAAGCAGAGCGGCCCGAGGCAGAAGGGGCAGAGAAAGCAGAGCAGCCCCAGGCAGAAGCGGGCGUUGAGCACAAGACAACUGGCGACGAGAAGAAUCCACCAGCGGCGCCAGAACGACCAGAACCAGCGUCAGAACCAGCAUCAGCAUCAGCAUCAGCACCAGCGUCAGCGUCAGCGUCAACGACACAACCCCCCAAUUUCAAACUCCCCUACACGCCACGCUCCUUCCUCCACCUAAUCGACAAGCAAGUGACCCCCCUCGCCACGUCCUCACCAAACCUAUACACCCUCCUGAGCCGGAUUUCCCAGUGGCGCAACCGCCCUCACCAAUCCCUCAUGCAAGCCGAGAAAGCCUGGCUUGCGACGCUCAACCCCACGAGCUCCUCCGCCCCUGCCGCAACGGCAGCAGACCAAGACUUCACCAAUAUCUCAGCGAGCCAGUGGACCGAGAUCGUCGACAAGACAAUCUGGAUGAUGCGCCGGUACGCCGACCUGGGCCCGAAACAGAGAGAGCGUACAGGCGGCGAGGUCGAGGGCAAGUGGCGGUUCAAGGCGCGCAGUGCCGCGCGAAGGGUUCUGGGGAGGGCGAAGACGUGGGAGGAGAGUGGUGAGGAGGGGGCCUUGCGGUUGAGGCGGGCCAUGGAGGAGGUGUGA